ACGGGCGGCGGCGGCGGCGGCGGCAGCGGUGGCUGAUCCCACCCCGCGACGCCUCACCAUGUUCAACGGGGACGCCGGCCCGUCGGCGGGCAGGAAUGUGGUGCGCAGCUCCAGCAUCAGCGGGGAGAUGUACGGCGUGGAGAAGAGCGCGCGGGGCAGCGCCGACUCCGUCAGCAUCACGGCCAGCAAGAAGCGGCGCUCCAGCCUGGGUGCCAAGAUGGUGGCCAUCGUGGGGCUGUCGCAGUGGAGCAGGAGCACGCUGCAGCUCAACCAGAGCGAGGGCGGCCCCAAAAAGCUGCGCAGCAACAUCCGCCGGAGCACCGAGACCGGCAUCGCGGUGGAGCUGAGGACCAGGGUGACCCGGCAGGGCAGCCGCGAGUCCACCGACGGCAGCACCAACAGCAACAGCUCCGACGGCACGUUCAUCUUCCCCACCGCACGGCUGGGAGCCGAAAGUCAGUUCAGUGACUUCCUGGAUGGGUUGGGCCCGGGGCAGCUGGUGGGACGGCAGACUUUGGCCACCCCCCCGAUGGGUGAUGUCCACAUGGGCAUGGCGGACCGCAGCGGGCAGCUGGAGGUGGAGGUGAUCCAGGCACGGGGCCUCAUCCCAAAGAUGGGCUCCAAAUGCAUCCCAGCCACCUACGUGAAGGUUUACCUGCUGGAAAACGGCGUCUGCCUGGCCAAGAAAAAGACCAAAGCGGUGAAGAAGACCUGCGACCCCUCGUACCAGCAGGCGCUGCUCUUCGAGGAGAGCCCCCAGGGCAAAGUCCUGCAGGUGAUCGUGUGGGGCGACUACGGGCGCAUGGACAGCAAGUGCUUCAUGGGCAUGGCUCAGAUCGUCCUGGAGGAGCUCGACCUCUCCAGCACCGUGGCGGGCUGGUACAAACUCUUCCCCACCUCCUCUCUGGCCGACUCCAGCAUCGGGCCGCUGGCACGCCGCCUCUCCCAGUCCUCUCUGGAGAGCUCCACCAGUCCCUCCUGCCCAUAGCCGGGCAGGGAGAGCCAUCCCGACCCCCAGGACUGUCUGUGGAUGGCUGUAAAUAUCCCAUCCUUUUUUUUUCCUCCCUAUUUUUUUUUUAAUUUUAAAGAUCUCCUUCCCAACAUCCCCUGCUCCCGGCGCGCUCCUCCCAUGCUGGGAGCACGGAGACGCCGUUCCCUUCUUUCCAUCUCGCUCCUUGCCCUGAGAGGAACAGGGAGCAACGAGAGACUCGGCAGAAGAAUCCAACUCAGCACUACUUUUCGUUCCAAGGAAUGUAGCAUCUUCUCUUAUGUAGCUCGCCACGUGCUAACGACACAAUCACUGCAAUACCCGAGAGGCUCCGGAGCAGAGCGGGCGCAGCCCGUUGGUUUCCCCACGCCGACCCCGCGGCACCGGUGCCCUUUUUCCUUUCUUUCGGUAGCGUUUUGCCUGUGACAUUGCCAAAGCGACAGCGCACCGCGGCGCCCCCCAUCCCCUCCAUGCGGGGAGGGAACAUCUCAACAGCAGCUCCUGCUGCGCUGGAAGCGGGGUGACGGAGAGGAGCCGAGCGAAGGACGCAGCGCUCGGUGGUGACGACGAGCGUUUGGGUGUUUGUUCGUUUUCUGUUCGUGUGUUCAGGUCGUUUGUUCUUCAAGCAGCAUUCCGGUGCUCCCUUCCCCUCCUCCCCCCCCCGGGGAUCGGUUCUUGUAGCAACACCGAGAAUGGCGGAAGCUUCUUUUGUUUUGUUUUGUUUUGUUUUUGAAGGUGCCUAAAUGAAAUUUGCUGACAAUACUCAGGGGAGACACCACUAGCGACUCUGCUUUCUUCGCGGAAUACAGUGAGCACGAGGACUGUCCCGAAGGAUCGGGGUCCAACAGAGAGGAAAAAAAAAGAGAAAAAGAUUUAAAAAAAAAAAGAGAGAAAAACCAAACCACGACACCAAGAGAGGAGGAACGGGGGAUCCCCGCCGCCCCCACGGCUCUGCCUUCCGGGUCCUGGCACGCAGGCAGAGCGGAGGGCGCAGAACAGACCCUCAGUUUGAUGCGAUUCGCUUUGCCAACUCGACUCCAGUGGGAGAAAGGAGGAGGAGGAGCUCUGUCAGCACUGCUCAGCACUGCGCUCUGCCAUGGGCGCACAGCACCGCGCAGCCCCUGCGUUCUGCGCCACCUGAGAGCCCAGCACCAGGAACCCGGCAGCGCCGGCUCACUUCUUAUUGCUCCUAACGGCAUCGCGGUGCAGGCAGGAGGAGGGCAAACGGCUCCCAGCAGCACCGCCUGCCUUGCUGCAAACGCUGCGGGUGUGGGAGCGACUCCUGCAGCCGAGGCUGUGCUCACAUCACCGCGUCCACCCCGUUCAUCUCCAACCUUGUGAGCCCUGUGCCAGCCCUGCACCCGGCCCCACGCAGCACCCAGCACCCAGCGCUGCCUGCAGUGCAGCACAGCCACGGCCCUGCGCUCCGAGCUGCUGGGGAAUGCUCAUUGCACAGGGCAUUCCUUGCAUGCUGCAAGGAGCAGAGGAUGGCUGAUCGGACCCUGGGAGGUCGCUGCAUCUUCCCUCCCCCAGGAAAGCAGAUCCAGGCCCUUCUCCUUCCCAAAUAUGUUCCUCUAGAAAAGAAAUGAGCAUCAGACAGAAGGGGCUCGGUGCUCUGGUCCCUGCCUGGCGCUCCCAGCACCCACGUGUGGCGCAGAGGAUCUCACUGCAGCACAGCUCACAGAGGGGCAGGAGCCAGGGCUCCUCGCUAAGCAGUGAGGAUGGAUGUUACCCAACCAGCCUUGGAGUCCUGGGGCAGCACAAGCAGUGAGCAGCUCAGCACUUCAGCUCCUGUGCAGAAGCAGUGCUGGCGCUGCGCUCCUGGAGCGCCUUCCCUUCCUUACCAGUUGACUCAGAUGCUUCUCCCUGCACCGAGGGGAACAGAGAGUUCCCUAAGGGAGUGCAUCUGCUGGAAAACAGCUUGAAGGCCAAGGAGCAGCGGCCAGGCAGCAGUGGCCAGGCGCCGUUCUUCAUGGCUACACCCAAAGUCUCGCUGUGCUUCGCGUCAGAGAUGGGUACAGCUCCGAGCAGCUCGCCCUGCUGGCCUCCAGGCUGCCGUGCCUCAAGACAGAGCUCUAAGAGCCAGAUUUGCAUCCCACGCUGCAGCGAUGGCCUUCGACGCAGCUGUUUCAGUGGGAAGUCGUCCUCCUCUACCACAUGGAUGCACACAGGCGGUGGAAAGGCCCUGCUUACACCUCGGGUCUGGGUAGGAAGGUUGGAAUCCCGCAGACGUGAUGGCCUGCAGGAGAGCAGCAGCAGGCGGGCAGCGCAGCGGGGCACGGAGCAGCGGGUCAGAGGGGCGGCAGCGCCGCUGCUCAGCCCUCGCUGCCCUGUGCUGAUCCUCACGCUGUGAAGAUUUGGGUUUCGAAUGCAGACUUGAGAAAAACGUACAGCAAAGGGCACGAGGUCGUCCUGCUGUCCGAGGAACCGCCGCACUGUUACAGCCAACCCCGAGCCGGGACUGAGCACAGCAGCACCCGGAGCCACCGGGGCAGCAGCUGCCCAGGAGUGGGGUCAGGACGCAGCUCUGCUGAUUGGGAUACCUCAUUCUUUUGUUUUGGUUUGUUUUUUUUCGCCCCCCCUCCCUCCCUUUCCUGUUUUCCCCUCUCUUUUAAGACCCAGACCUUCGUGCACUCUACCGCAUUCAGGUUCUUUUUUGUUGUCAUUGUGCAAUGAAGAGCAAUUCUUGGGGGCGGGUGCUGGUGCGUGUGUGUGCUUCCCCUGCUCUGUGCCACUCCGAUGGCCAAGGAGCAAAGCGAAGGGAUGGCACACGGGGCAGCAGAGUCUGUUCUGCUCCUGCGCCCCAAUGCUGCCCCGUAACCCAACCUGGGGGCGAUGCAGCCCUCAGAAGGGCAGGCAAGGAAGCUGUAGGAAGCUGAGGACGAUGCACAGUGCACUGUCCCCACUCGCUGAGGCUUCACCUGCACAAGGAUGGCUGCGGAGCACAGAACCCCACGGUUCCCUCCUGCCUUCUGGGCCCCAUGAAUGUUUGUUCGCACUUUGAAGUUGGUGGCCUUGUUUUCUGAAAAGGGCUCAAUCUUUCCGUGCAGUCAAAUCGGACUCACCUUCCCCAUCGCACUGCUCUUCUCCCCACCUCCAAACCCAAUCGACGAGCAGCUCGGCUGGACAAAGCACCGCCAGGGCUGCGGGAUCUGUCAUGAAUCUCAGCAGUUUGUACGUUAGAUACGACACCAGACCCUUCUGGCUGGGAAACAGCCAUAAGGGGAGCAGCAGCUCAGACUGAGGUUUGUCCUGAAACACAGCAACAGGAGAACAGCAGCACUUUGAGCACAGAGAAAGCAGCGCCUGAAGCGCUCACCUGCCACAAAGCUCUGAAUUCAGACUCCCAAACUUCAAGAUGGGAAGAAUUUUACCUUCAACCUCUUCACACGCAACCAAUGCCUUUUGAACUUCAUUGCCAACCCCUGGAGGAGCAGAGCAGUGGCAGCGUGUGCUGCAGACACCCGGCCAGGAGGAGCCCCCAGCCGCUGCUCCCAGCAGCACAGCGCAGCUCCAGCGCUGGAACACGGCCUGCAAACCGUGCUGCAUCCCCAGCAAACUGCAUGGAGGAAGAAUUUGGAAGCCGUCAGAAUUGGUGAGCCACAAAUCGCUGCUGGCUUUGCUUUCCGUCCCCAUCUCCCCCAGGAGCGAAGCUCGCUGUGUGCAUCCCACGCCUGAUGGAGCUCCUCUGCCAGCACAGCACGGAGCAAAACCUGCCUGCCUUCACCAUGCGCUCACAGACUUUGCUUUGAUGACAGAUCCCCACGUUCAACAACGCCACCUUCAAACAGCGGCACAGGGGGGGGCAGGGGGCUGCGCUGCGCCCCGGCUCCGCAUUCAAGACAAGGGGAGGAUGGGCUUCGAUGGCUCCUUGAGGUGAUAAGAUUUAAGAGGGAAAAAAACAAAAACAAACAAAAAAAAAAGCAAAUGGCAAUUUUUUUACUUGUGUUCUGUAAUGUUUUAUAUGUGCGUGGUCUUUCUUAAUGUAAAACUCUUGUAUUUUUGUGGUUUAUAUGCAGCAGGACUGAUGGCUGUGAGGGUGCACGCUAUUUUGUAAGAUACUCCUAAGCCAGUUUUCCCCAGGAGGAACAAACUGACUCAGUACUCACAUUUUCAUUGGCUUGUACCUGCAUGUACAGUACGGGGCAGCAAGUGAAGAUGAUUAAAGCCAGCUUGAAAACC